AUGAUGGCUGCGUUUGUCGUGCUCCUCUAUCUGGCUGCCACAGCCAGCAUCCAAACCACCUCAGCUCAAAGUGUGGGCCCUUACCUGGAGCACCCGUUGAAGCAGGACCUCAUGCCGACAGACGAUGCCUACUUUGCCUGGAAAUGCUUCAACUGCAAAGGUCCCAUCACAAUCGCGAUACACGGAAAAGAUUUUCAUGGCACCACCACCGCCGACUGGUCCGAUAGCUCGACAACGCUGCCACCCAGCUUCCUGCCUGCAAUUAGACCGCACGAAACUGCCGCCUUCUCGUUCGCAUUGUACAGCACUACCAAAAUAGAUCGCAACACAUUGAGCCUCGGCGAUUUUGGUUUUGAAUUCUCGCUAUUUGCGCCGACCCCGACUACGGAGACAUUUACCCUCACGGAGACGUUUACGCCAACUUCAGAGCAUACUACCAGUCAUACCGUGGAGACAAGUCAAAUUCCUACUCCAGGAGCAGCCGAAGAGGAGGACGACAGCGCUGACAGCGACGAACAAGAGACUGGGGGACUAUCGACUGGCGGAAAAGCAGGUAUUGGUGUUGGGGUCACCGUUGGCGCUCUUCUUCUUGCAGCUGGAGCAUUCCUGGUCUUUCGUCGUCGGAAGCGUGCGGAAACAACGACAAUACGCGAGAUACCCGCUACCAGUGCCGUGAACCUGCCUGGGCCUGGGCCUGGGUUGGCGUCGAAUCAGGCGAAUACGGUGGCGCCCGGACAGCGCUAUGAGAUUGGUGGAUGA